UUGGGAGGCGGGGACUAGGAGAUGCGUUGGGACACUAUUACCGGACUGGGAGGGUCCCAACGGGGAGGGGUUUGCGGGUGAUCCCUGGGUCGCCCGCCAGCUGAAGCGAUGGAUGAGGACGGGCUUCCUCUCAUGGGGUCAGGCAUAGACCUGACCAAGGUACCAGCUAUUCAACAGAAAAGAACGGUGGCAUUUCUAAACCAAUUUGUGGUGCACACUGUACAGUUCCUCAACCGCUUUUCUACAGUUUGUGAGGAGAAACUAGCAGACCUUUCUCUUCGAAUCCAACAAAUUGAAACAACUCUCAAUAUUUUAGAUGCAAAGUUGUCGUCUAUCCCAGGCCUAGAUGAUGUCACGUUUGAAGUAUCUCCUAUAAAUGUCACAAGGGAAUCACAUUCUGAAACCACUUCAGAGCAAUCACAGAACAGUUUACAAGACUCUGGACCACAGGAAAGUGAAGUAACAGCAGAAAAUAUCUUAACUGUAGCCAAGGAUCCAAGAUAUGCCAGAUAUCUCAAAAUGGUUCAAGUGGGUGUUCCAGUGAUGGCAAUAAGAAACAAAAUGAUAUCAGAAGGACUAGACCCAGAACUUCUUGAGAAGCCAGAUGCUCCAGUGCCUGAUGGUGAAGGUGAAAAAAAUACAGAAGAAAGUUCAGAUAGCGAGUCUUCUUUUAGUGACUAAGCUGGAGAGCCUGACCUUGAACUCUUAGUCAUAAAAAUGUCAAAUGAUCACCUAUCUACCACCGAGCUUGCUCUAUGUUAAAAAAUAAAGCAUUAUAAUAACCUGGCA